GUUUUCAUUUAAGUCUUGGAUAACACAAUCAAUACUUGUGGCUAAUAAAUGGUUUCACAUUUUACACACUAUUUAAUAAUUAUAACAAAUAUAAUAAUUUUUGUGAGCUGUUAUGUCUCAAGAUGUCAAAGAUGUAUCAAAAGUUAUAUCCAAUGAAAUCGCAUUAACACACAAUCACAACGACGAGAAGCGGCCACUUAUUCCUCAACAUUAUAAUCACUUAGAAGAUGUCUAUCCAUUCACAUCUUCCGGUGAUGAAGGAGAUAAUGAAGACAAUGAUAACAGUGAAUCUGAUUUAUUCAGUUUUGCUAAAACUAAGAGAGAGAUGAUUCGUGAUUCACAUUCAAUUACUUCCACAUCUAAUAUACAAACAAUGAUGCAUCUCCUCAAAGGAAACAUAGGGACGGGUAUACUAGCGAUGCCAAGUGCAUUUGCAAACGCCGGUAUUUUAGUAGGAACUAUAGCACUACCAAUAAUGGGCAUAAUAUGUAUUCAUUGUAUGCAUAUUCUAAUUAAUUGCAAUCAAAUACUAUGUCAACGAUUUGGAUGCAAUACAAUGGAUUACGAAGAAGUGGCCGAAAAAGCAAUAACUGUGGGACCAAAAAAAAUUAGAAAGUUUUCCGGAUUCGCCUCUAUAUGUGUUUCGACAUUCCUAUUAAUAACACAAUUUGGUUUUUGUUGCGUUUACGCCUUAUUUGUGGCCGAAAACUUAAGACAAGUAAUUCAAGGCCUGACACACGAUAAAGUAGAUCUGGAUGUCCACAUCUGGAUGCUAAUGUUGCUUCCAUUAGUUGUUACAUUAUGUCUAAUCAAAAGUCUUAGGACACUAUCUAUAGCAUCAGCCGUGGCUAAUCUUUUACAAACCACUGGAUUAGUUAUAGUGUUUUAUAAUUUAAUUCAAGAACUACCCCAUACUUGGGAAAGACCAUCUUAUGUUGAUUUAUCAAAGUUUCCAUUAUAUAUGGGUACAGCUAUUUAUGCAUUUGAAGGCAUCGGUUUAGUACUACCUCUACAAAAGGAGAUGAAAGAACCGGAAGCUUUUGGGGGUAAAAUAGGUGUUCUCAAUACUUCAAUGACAAUCGUCGCCUGUCUGUACAUUGCUGUCGGAUAUUUUGGUUAUUUAAAGUUUGGCGAUGAGGUCCUCGGAUCAAUCACAUUGAAUCUUCCGGCGGAACCACUUUAUGAGACCUGUCGUCUUAUGUUUGCUUUGGCAAUAUUCCUCUCCUAUUCCAUUCAAUUCUACGUUCCCUUCAAUAUCAUAUGGCCGUGGGUUCAAAAUCGAUAUAACCUUAAAAAUGGUGUCCGAAAGUCAUACAUCAUUGAAGUGUCUUUACGCGCAAUUUUAGUAGCCUUUACUUUUGCAUUGGCCGCAGCCAUUCCACGUCUUGAUUUAUUUAUAUCAUUGGUGGGCGCCCUUUCCAGUAGCUGUCUUGCUCUUAUAUUUCCACCUAUUAUUGAAAUAGCAACCAAAUGGGAUGAUAUGGAUGGAUCGUGUCUUAAUUGGUGGUAUUUGAUUACCAAAAAUAUAUUCAUAUUUAUCAUAGGAAUCGUUGGAUUUUUUACAGGAACUUACGCUAGUCUUCAGGAUAUUCUUAAGGCUUUAAAGAGUUGAUAACUUAAUAAAGUUUAUAAAGUUGUUGUAAAUAUAA